CACGCGCAGCUGCCUUCAGCGGGGCGAUAAGCGCUGACGGGCGAAGCAGGAGGAGAGAGAUAUGGACGGACACAAACUCUGACUUCCGAGGAAUCUAUUGUACAUGCUGGGGUGAAUGGACAUGAUAUUGGUCUCCUAACAGUGUCAUGAUGCUCCCCCGUAGUAUGAAAACAUCUGCUGUAGAGCUGCCGGGAGUGGGUUCAAAAGAUGUGCCCCUCAUUGGAUAUCGGCCCCUACAGCCAGAGACCGACGGCCCUCCUGAGCAGCUGUUGAAGGAGAAUGAAAACAUGGGGGCGGAUCCCACACAGGGGGAGCUAACUCCGAUGAAGACCACCUGGUACUGUCCUCUAGACCUGUCCACUGUGUCCGAACUGGAGGAAGACGGUAUCAUCUACACUGUCGUGGUGAAACAUGGUUCUCCCACAGGCCCCUUGUCCAGAGUAUCCCGCUCCCAGAACGUCAAAGCAGGAACAGAGGAAAAGCUCGUCCUGCAUCUCCUUCACUCCUUCUCCAUGGGCGACUCUUCCUUUAUCUCUAUCUUCCUCUCCACCUAUCGCACCUUUACUUCCACCCAGAGAGUGCUGGAAAUCCUGAUCGACAGAUUGGAAAAUCCUCCUGGGGAGUGUAAAAGUAGCACGCAUCAGAUGUUCAACAAAGCCGUGUGUACGGUGUUCAGCACGUGGUUGAGUGACUAUCCCGCGGAUUUCCGCUCUUUGAGUGAUCCGUCCUGCCUGUUGCGGUUGGCCCCCCUCCUUCCCACAGACACCCCAGGGGCCGAAAUCAAAGGCCAACUGCUGAGGAUAUCUGAAGAGCUGAGUGAGAGAACACUGCUGUCUGGCUCUCUGUCAGAUCCUCUAAAAAAUGUGACCUCCCCUCCUGACCCCUCUGAAUUUGAUGCCACCAGCAUCCUGGGCUUUCCAUCAAGUUUGAUCGCAGAACAGCUCACCAGGAUUGAGACGGAGCUGUUUCUUAAGUUGGUGCCCCACCACUGUCUGGGCUCUCUUUGGUCUCAAAGAGAUAAGAAAGGACAGGAAGGAGCGUGCUGGUCGGUCAGAGCCACUAUCAAGCAAUUUAAUCGUUUAGCUAACGCUGUAACAGCCUCGUGUUUGUGGAACACGGGUCUAAAGAGCCAACAGAGGGCACGGCUGUUGGAGAAAUGGAUCAGUGUUGCAGAGGCCUGCAGAACGAGGAAAAACUUCUCUUCACUGUAUGCGAUUCUAUCAGCUCUGCAGAGUAACUCCAUCCACAGACUGAGAAAGACAUGGCAGGAUACAGACAGAGAAGCUUUAAGGAGGUAUGAAGAACUUUCUGAUGUCUUCUCUGAGAAAGACAACUACUCCCAGAGCCGCGAGCUACUCAAAGAGGAGGGGACUUCCAAAUUCGCAAACCAUGACACUAAAAUUAACAAUAGGAGAUUCACAGGGUCCUGUGCUCAGGGCACAGUCCCAUACCUGGGCAUCUUCCUCAGGGAUCUCACCAUGCUGGACACUGCAGUCAAAGAUAGACUAGAGAAUAGAUACAUCAACUUUGAUAAAAGAAGACGGGAGUUUGAGGUUAUUGCUCAAAUUCGGCUCCUUCAGUCCUCGUGUAAAAACAGUAUUUUCAGGACAGACGAGUCGUUUGUUCAAUGGUAUCACAGCGUACCCACUCUGCAUGAAGAGGAAAGCUACAAGCUGUCCAAUCAGAUUGAAGCACUGGGCGAGCCGAGUCCUGGGCGUGGCCUAAACCCCACAGUGAUCAUCACACAGUGUCCAGAUGCUCUCUCUGCAGUGGCACACACAGCAAUGGAUGCUGAUGGCAUAUGUGAUUUCCCCUCUCCUGUCAAUCACUUGAUUUCAAAGCUUUGCAAGCACGUGAAAUCCCCUUCCGUUUCCUGUCUGGAUGUUGAUUUGUCGCCACCACCCAAUAAUGGCACACCUUCUGUUCUGACCACUCCCACUACAGCUGUCAAAUCACAUCGCCGGUCUGUGUCCUGUGGCAACAACCCCACCAAUAACAAACCAGAGGAGGGACCUGAUUUGAGAAUCGUUAGGAUACGGAUGGAUUUACAAGACGGCAACUUGUAUCGAAGCAUUCUGGUCACUAGUAAUAAUAAAACACCUACUGUAAUCAGUUCUGCAUUAGAGAAGCACAAUCAGAAUGCAAAAGAAGCCUCCAAAUAUGAGCUGAUACAACUGCUGCCAGAGGGGAAAGAGUUAAUAAUACCGCCCACAGGAAACGUCUUUUAUGCCAUGUCAUCAGCUAGUGUGGACUUCCUGUUAAGGAGACGAGGAGGAAACACACCAACGGGGUCACCGUCUCUUGGCAAUGAAAACAGCGCAACCUUCCCACGAAUCAAAGCCAAGGGCCGAAGACUAGUGCGGACACUUUUUUAACAAGAAAAUACAAUAUUCAUUAAGUAUUUUCAAAAGAAAAGACACAAUAUAUUUUAUUUGGAGCUCUGCGAUUUAACUAUGAAGAAUUUAUUAAAAUAAGACUUAAUAAGAUAGAUCCCCAUGUGAAAAUUGUUCAAUAAUUUACUCACCCUCACCAUGUCGUUCCAAACCCAAAUACUUGCUUUCUUCAUAAAAGGAGAUCAGUGACCAUUUAGUGGCCUCAGUCACUAUUCACUUUCAUUGCAUGUUUUUUUUCUCUCCAUACAAUGAAAGAGGAUGAACGAGGUUGUCAAUCCCUAACAUCUACUUUUGAGCUCCACUGAAGAAAGUCAUGUGGGUUUGGAACAACAUGAGGGUAAGUGAAUGAUGACAGAAUUUUCAUAUUUGGGUAAACCGUCCCUUUAAAAUAAUUUUCUGGAAGUCUUAUAUUGGUGUAUUUUGAGUGAAGUUAUUACAGCUAAAUGUUGCACUAUUUUUGCAUUUCAUUGCAAUUCAGUGAGUUUUAAUGACAGAGUCAAGUACCCUUUGCUGAUGCCAGCAUUUCCUGGACUCUCUACCUCUAAAGCUAUUAGUCCAUUGGUUACAGCGUUUUAGUCAAGAAACUACAUUAUUAAUGAACAUUAAACUAAGAUAGAGCAGCUCAAAUCCCAACAAAAUAACACUUAAAUAAGGCACUUACGCCUGUAUAAACAUUUCAAACACUGAGCUCUUCUCUAUGGGCCACUGAGAUGUUAAAGCCCCCCAAAUACCUGAAUAUGAGCUGCAAAUAUAUAUAUAAAACACUGCCACUAUAAUAUACUUACCAAGUAUGCAAACUAGUAAUUGCUUACCGUGUGUACUCAUUGUAUAUUUUAAAAUAAUUAAUUAUUGUUGUGGUAAUACGCAGGCUGUCUUCCAAAACCUAUUGAGCUGCUUUGGUGUCUACUGCCUACAUAUAAGCUGCCUGGCUUUUUUUCCAAACACGUUUACGCAAAAAAAUAAAAAUAAAUACAAUAAAAAAAUAAAGCUAGGUGCAGUGACAUGACUAGAACAAAAGAAGUAGGAAAAAACACUGAGACGAAGCGAAGCGGUCAAAAAUGUCUGUCUAGCACAUGUUGUUUACAUUUAAAAACUAUUGAAAAACAGCAAAGAUGGGUGCAGAGAUUUUCAUUGUGAACGACCCUUAAGAUAUUUAUCGUAACAGCAAAUAGCGCUGAUCUGGACACAAUCAAUUUUAAUAGAGUUUGACAUUAAAACGUUGCUAAGCUUACGAUGAUAAACUUUAAUAAGAAACAUCCAUAACACAUAAAUAUUGGAUAAAAUAUGGUCCAUUUUAAUAGAGUCUGACGUUAGCAUGUUGCUAAACUUUACAAAUACACAGUGGAUAUAAACAUUAGGUAAAAUGGUAAAUUGUUUUCACACAAGCAUAUAGCUUAAGACGUGAUACUCUGAUUAGCACAAUUUUUUUUAGAUUGGUCCAAUUUAAUGGAAUUUGAUGUUAGCAUGUUACUAAGCUCAUAAAGCUAAACUCUAAUUAGCAUCCAUAGCACAUAUAAAUAUUUGGUAAAAUGGUCAAUUUUUAUUUAAAUUGGUCCAUUUUAAUAGAAUUUGACAUUAGCAUGUUGCUAAGCUCAUAAAGCAGUACUCUAAUUGGCCUAAAAAUCCAUAGUACAUUGGGUAAAAUGUUCCAUUUUUAAUUAGAUUGGACCAUUUUAAUAAAAUUUUAUGUUAGCAUGUUGCUAAGCUCAUGAUGUGAUACUUUAAUAAAGCAUAAAAAUACACUGUGCAUAAAAAUUUGGUAAAAUGGUCCAUUUUAAGUGUUUGACGUUAUUGCUAAGCUUACAAUGUAAUACUUAAAGCAUAAAAAAAUCCAUAUUACAUAUAAAUAUUGGCUAAAGUAUCUUUAUUUUUCUCACGUCGGAACUAAUCUUGGAAAUUUGAACUGAGCUGAACAACGAUUAUAUGCAAUGCUGCUUUAGAAUUGAGCUGAAAGUACCAUAGAAGGUAAUUUAAUAAUGGGGCCAACCUUUUGGAAUAAACUAUGUGUCAUGAGUGCACCUAUGAGGCCUUAAAAUGCUACCCAUGUAGGCAGCUUACUAGGUUUUGGUACUUAGCCAACAGCGUGUUGGAUGUACUGCAGGUCACCAGGCCUGGCUGUUUUCCUAAAACAAAAUGAAUGACUUCUUUAAGAAAAAAAAAAGAAAAAAAACUAAAAGAAAAUGCAACAAAGCUCUGCCUGUGAUAUUAUUUUUGUACCUUUUAAAUGCAAAGAUGUUAUGAUCAACCAGAAAAAGAAAUGUGCAAUUGCAUGGUCAAAAUGUUACACUGUUUUUCGACCCUGAUGAAUCUUGCACUCUCAUACUCGUGUGCUUUUGACGUCUAUAUGGGAACUGAAGUAUACAAGCGCUCUCAGCAAGGAAGAGGGGUGUUCUCAAUUUUAUUUCAGACUUUGUUUGUGGUCACUCGUUUUAUAAGUGCCUUAUAAUCAGGAGAUCUUUUGCAAAUGCUUUUCUGAUGUGUUGCGCAGAGAAAGCGUGUUGUGGCUUUAGUCCUGUAACAUCAGAUCUGUAUUCUGACACAUUUAUGCACUACAAAACCUCCUAUUCUUGUAUUAAACUUUAAUUUUGAUACAACUGACAGCUUUCAGACCUGAUUGUCUUCAACUUUUCAUCUUACAGUGGAAACCAUGUGUUUAAGUCAUCACCUUUCAAGACCAAAGUUCACUGCAAAGUUUGGAAGGGUUCUGUGUAAAAAAAUUUACUUACCCUUAUCUUGUAUGACUUACAAUCUUGCAUGAAACUCAAAAGGAGAUGUCACACAAGUUUGGAACAACAUAAGGUCAGUUAUUUUUUGUGAGUAAAUAAUGAUAAUUUAA